CGGCGAGCGAGAACGCAAACAGCUGAUCCUGUUUCUACGGUGCCGCUCCUACGAGCACAUGUCCGCACGAUAAUUACAUACGAUAUUGCGAGUCUCUACUAUCAAAUUGAGCGGCUGAGCGACGGUGCAGAGUCAAGGUACGUAAUUGUACGUGAAGAAACGCCAGCGACAGCACCCGUCUUCGUGUUCGCAUGCAAUGAGCAGCCGGCGAUAACCGGCGGAUCCCAUCGCCCACGUCGUCACCGUCGUCGUCGUUGCCGUCGUCGUCCUUGUCGCAGAGUAUAACAUGGCCGAUCGCGAUAGCGCAUCCGAGAGUGACUCGAGUUCGAUUGACGGCGGACCGAUCAUCAUGAUGCCGCCUUCGCCGGUGACUCGCGAGCAGCUUCAAAAACGCAUCGAGUCAUUGCAGCAGCACAACCGUGUGCUCAAGGUCGAGCUGGAGACGUACAAACUGCGUGUCAAGGCCCUGCAGGAAGAAAACCGCGGAUUGCGUCAAGCAUCUGUCAUUAUACAAGCUAAAGCUGAACAAGAAGAGGAAUUCAUAAGUAACACCUUGCUGAAGAAAAUUCAGGCUCUUAAGAAGGAGAAGGAGACUUUAGCUCAUCAUUAUGAACAAGAGGAGGAGUGUCUUACCAAUGACCUAUCGAGAAAGCUGAAUCAACUGCGGCAAGAGAAGUGUAGACUGGAGCAGACAUUGGAGCAGGAACAGGAAUGUUUGGUGAACAAAUUGAUGAGGAAGAUUGAGAAGCUUGAGGCGGAGACAUUGGCUAAGCAAAGUAACCUGGAGCAGCUGCGACGUGAAAAGGUAGAACUGGAGAAUACAUUGGAACAGGAGCAAGAGGCAUUAGUCAACAAACUAUGGAAAAGAAUGGACAAGCUGGAAGCAGAGAAGAGGAUGCUGCAAAUAAAAUUGGACCAGCCAAUCUCAGACCCGACAUCACCCAGGGAGAUCAGCAAUGGCGACACUGCCACAAACUUAAGCACGCACAUUCAAACCCUGAGAAGCGAAGUUGCCAGAUUAAGGCACACCCUGCUGAUCUCGCAGCAAGAACAUACGGAAAAAAUGCAGCGAUAUGUUAACGAAGAGAAACAGAUACGCGAGGAGAAUCUGAGACUGCAAAGAAAGCUGCAGCUAGAAGUGGAGCGUCGAGAGGCCUUGUGCAGACAUCUGUCGGAAUCUGAGUCCAGACAACUUGAUGAUGAUUUUCGCAGUUUGGAGAUGGAAGAAGAACGGCACUACAACGAAAUCGUGAUGUCCGGCGGGAAUAUAAGAACCCGUACGGUAUCCAGUCCCGUGCCCUACAAUCCUUCGCCUAGUUCCUCGAGGCCGCUAAGCCCAGGUGUUAACGUGCUAGGUUCAACGUCCAGAGAGGGCUUUAGCGCGAAUCGAUGCUACGCCUGCGGUCAACCGAGCGCUCUUCCGUUCGCAAGCUCAUCGCCACCCUCAGCGGGACACAUUGUGGCGCCGUCCAGCAGACGUACGUCGGACCGCUUCGUUAAACCGGCUAUUCCGCCCACCAUCGUAAGUCCCGGUGGACCGCCAGCCAUCGCUAACCCCAUAGUGAGUGCCGCCGCUGCCGCUGCCGUCGCUGCGGGAUCACCCAUGGAUAUCGCGAAGACAUAAAUUGUCAACAGGGCUCCACGGAAACCCUUCUUAUGUAGUCGCGCAAGGUACUUCUCUAAACGGUGCGUGUCCCAGGUAGGACACCAGAAGUCACCCAAGUUCGGUCGGUAUUUCGCCGACACUUCUUUGCGAGCGAUAUACCCCCGUUCGUUAACUACUACAGUUCUAAUGUAAUAUGGGCUACGGCUAAGAUACAUGGGACUUAAUUAAUCCAAUGAGUCGCAGAGAUAGAGUUAAACAGCGCAUUCGCAGAGCCUCUCUUCGUCGUGGGGGUGAUUUCCUUGGCGCCGCUUCGAUGAUUCCUUGUGUAUGAUGCCUGAAGUAUCAUUCAGACGAGCUCUUUGUCGUACGCAAUUAUAUCAUUUGAGUGUUCUACAUAAAAGAAACAUUGACAUGUUGCUUCCAUGUUCCAAUUAACCAUAGUAUAAAUGUUGAACGAACGCUGUGGGACAGCUACACGGUAAACGAAUGCGAAUUAUCGUAUCUUACGUGCGUUAAGAACAUAACGAAAGUAACUAGGGUGUAGUGUUCGCGGUGUUCACACUUUAACAGAUACGCAUUUGUUUAGUUUUGAGCCUGAGUAAUCACUUUAGCACACGCGGUACCGAGGCAGUAGCGUAAUUCUACUAGAGGAAGGUUUCCUUGAUUCUUUCAGCAAAGAUUGCCGGAUUGUGGACGGUAAAAUGUGGAAAAAUUGAUUAUGCCAGACUUCAAAGAUCUCAACGAUCUGAUAUUGGGGCGUUUAAGAGUCGUGAUUACUGAAGAAUUGUGGAUCGCAAGGAUCUGGAGAUUUAAGGCCCUAAAGCUUCAAGGAUUCAGCGACCUUAUGAUGUAGAAAUCAAAGGAUUCGCGGAUCCAAAGACUCUAGAUUAUGCACUCAGACAGUUUAAACAUGUAACAGUCCGAGACUUUUCGAUUCGGAAAUUUGAGAAUUAAGUAUGUAAGCUCUUGACAUUUAAUGUUACAUUUAAAAGUAUAAGUACUUCAUGGCAUCUUAAUUGCACGCUAUAACUAUUAUCUAAAAAACAAAAACUGACUGUAUAUUAAAACUCAAAAAUUUUAUGAACUUCCUCAAUUUCGAAGUAUCGCAGUCUUUGUCAAGUUUACGAAUUUGCCAUAGCCUUUCUCCCAGAAUUUUCGGAUCUCGAAGUCUUGGAUCGCCAAUACCUACAGAGCACGAUACAUCGGAACUUUGGUCUCUCUAAUCUUAGAUCUCUUAAUGUUAGAAUGUUGGGACUUAGAAUCUUGAAGCUUUGAUACAUUGGAGCCACGAAGCCUCGGCAUCUUGAUAUCGAGAAGCUAAGUAAGCUAGCAGAUGAGAGAUAUUAUGUAUUCCGUUGAACAGUUUGUUUGCUAAUAAAUCGUUUUAUAUACCAACGA